UACAAUCUCAUGAUUUUGUUUGGAAUAACAUUGAUGUGUGUUGUUUUAUUUGAUUAUUGUUUCUUGUGUGCAUGACUGUUGAUAUUUAUUUGGUCGUGUGUAUUCCCCUCAUUGAGUGUGUUAGUAAUAAGUUGGGAAAGUCAAAUCCAUCAAGUGAAGGAAAAACUAGUUUGAAAGUAGUCGUUGAAGUCCCUUUUAGUUGAAUGGGGUAAAGAUAAAGUAAAUAAAAAACAAGGAAAAAAUAAAACAUAAAAAGAAGUUUUGAAAGUUUUAAAAAAUAAAAGAGAUACGGUUAUUUUUGUUUAUUGUUUUUUUUCAUUAAAAUGACUAUAAAUGAAACCCAACUGUACAUUAAUAUAGCUCUCCAAAUGACCAGUAGACAAUAAAUGAAAACCCAUUUUAUUUUUAUUGUAAUUUAAAAUUCUUAAACUGUUCUUUGUGAUUUUUGAAAUCCCCCGCUUCAUCGGAGACUGAUUUCAGGUAUGAAUCUUUACUUCAACUUUGUCUUUUGCCUUUUCAUCUCUGUUUUUAGUUUCAGAUCUGUGCUUCUUUACUUGUAUUUCAGUGGGUUUUAGUUUCAGGUCUCAGUCUGGUUCUUGUUUUUGUUUGUUUAUUGUCUAGUAUAUGUUAUUUAUUUUUGGAUUUCUUGUUUGCCUCUGUUUAAGAUGGUUGUGUUAUGGUCUUUUUGUUUUGUAAUUUCUGCUUAGCAGAAUACUGUUGGGGGUUGGGGUUUUGUGUUUGGGUCUUGCGGCAUGGUAGUUUUUGGGCUUUUCUGCCUGGGUAUAUGGGUUUGGAGACUGAAUCGUGGGUGUGGGUUUUGUGGGCUUGAGGCGUGGGUUGGGGAGCUGGGGUUUGGGGUUUUUUAGUUAAACAAAAAUUAAAAAUACCUAAAUGAAAAGUAAAAAUAAAAAUAAAAAAUUACUACGAUACCUUCACACUGGAUUUAGGUUUAAGCAGGCCUUUUCAAGUUGAGAAUGCACAGAUCGUUGGUUCGGCCAUUCAUGGGGGUGCGUGGGUUUUCCUCAACCUCCAAGAAAAUUGUGGCGUCGGUAUUGUUCGAGAGAUUACCUGUCGUUAUUCCCAAAUUGGAUCCUGUGGUUUAUGCAUUCAAGAGUUUUCCUUUCGAUGGAGGCAGCAGUAUUGACACAAAUAUCCUUAUGAAUUCUUGGACAUGUCUAAAUCUAGGGGAAAAGGUGAUUACCAAAUUGACAACGUUCCAGCUCCAAGGAUCACUGAAGCUGACAAAACGAUUGACAGAAAGUCAUUGCAGAGAGCACUUGAUAGAAGAUUGUAUCUUCUUCCAUAUGGUAACAGUAAUGCAGCUCCUAGCGGGAAACCUGUGUGGCAUUUUCCAGAAAAAGUUUAUGAUUCAGAGGAGACGUUGCGCAAGUGUGCAGAGUCUGCCUUAGCAUUCGUACUCGGAGACCUCUCUCACACUUAUUUUGUCGGAAAUGCUCCCAUGGGGCACAUGGUUAUACGGCAGAUGGAGAAUGUGCCUGAACCAUUUAAGCGAUUUUUUUUCAAGUCUCAAGUGAUUGAUACCAACAAGUUCGAUAUCCAGAAGUGCGAGGACUUCGUUUGGGUGACCAAAGGUGAACUCUUGGAGUAUUUUCCUGAACAAGCUGAAUUUUUUAAGAAGUUGAUUAUCAGCUGAUGGCAAACUGCUUCAUUCGGUUCCAAGCCAUACAGGUCUUUCAUAUAACCCAAAUUUGUGGAAUAGAGUGUCCAAGAUUAGAAAACCAAACAUCCGAACGUGACUCAAUUAGGCAAAAAUAACGAAAAGCUCAUUGGCUAAGGAUGGAUUGAAUUGUCCAAUACUUUUAGUUUCUUAUGUAGGCGAUUAUUGAUGCAUGGUCUUGUUUUAUUUUAUUACAUAUUCCUCUCA